AUGGCGUCCACGCCUUUGAACAAGACGGCGUCCACGCACAGGUCGACGUUAGUCCGAGGCAAGCACCAGUUUCAUAUCGUCGGCUACAGCGAGCGGAAGGCUCUCGCCGGCGUGAGCGCCAGAAACACCUCCGUUGUCAGGUCCGGCGACUUCGAGGCCGGAGGAUGCACCUGGGCCUUCAGUUGUCGCUUCAGGAAACAAGGACUGGCGUCCAUCUCCCUGGAGCUGGUCUGCGGCAAGUACGCCGCCACCGCAAUGGCCAGCUUGAGGAUGGACGACCCGUUUCACCGGUGGCCUGCCGCAGUAUGGCGAAGCCCGGGCACCAACACCUUCCCCGCUUCGCCGGCAACAACAAGCAGGAGUUGGAAGCUGUCGGUCCCCGAGGCGUUCUUCCAUGGCCAAGAGGAGCGGUACGUGGUAGAUGACCGCCUUACCAUCCUCUGCGUCGUCCAUGUCCUCCGGCUGGACGUCACCCUCCCAAAUACCAGGAGCUGCUUCAUCUCCGCCGUGCCGCCGCCAACCAUCUCCGGAGAUCUCCUCAUGCUUCUUUUUGCGUCCAUGUCUAAAUCGGAUUCCGUGAAGCACGCCAUGAGGCCAGACGUGACGUUCAUCGUGGAGCAGACCGAGAUCCGGGCGCAUAAGCUUGUCCUCGCCGUGCGGUCGCCGGUUUUCGCGGCGGAGUUUCGAUGGCACAUGAAUGAGAAUAUCAUAAUCAGGGUCGACGACGACGACAUGAGCGCCUCCACUUUCAGGGCCAUGCUUCGCUUCAUCUACACCGACGAGCUACCCAUCAAACCAAACAACGACCGUAUGAUACUAACAAGCGAAGAUAAACAUGCGGCAAGGCGCUACGAGGCCAUGGUGCGCGACCUGCUGGUAGCUAGCCGCCGAUCGGUAUGA